AUGGCGGUUUCCAGCUGCACGUUCGGCGAGAUCUUGUCCCUUGCUAUUCAUGAGGAUCUGCCACUUAUUCCACCAUUCAUCACAGCUGAUAGACGCUCCGGUGAUGAACCACCAGCACCCAGCCUGCAGCCACCGUUUACCUCACCUUGCCUUCCACCAUCCAGCAUACUAUCACCACCAGCAGCACUCACUUUUGUUUGCCUCCACCCCUUAGUCACCAAGUCACGAUACCAUCUCUUAUCACCCUCUUCGCCCAUACCACCUCAAACACCACACACCAACGACCACUCCACCACAGCGCACCAUUACACCACUGCAACCACCAUCACCACCACCAGCAUUACCACCAUUGCACCGCCAGCACCAUUACCGACCACCUCCACCAUCACACCAUAUACCACUUUACCUGACCAGCAUCACCACACACCAGCAAACCCACCACAUACUAACCAGCAGCAAGCAAGCACACCAGCACCGCCACCACAAGAACCACUUCCACACCACCACCUCCACCAACCACAUCAACACACACCAUCAGCUAUCAUUACAACUGCCACCGACCAAGUACCGAUCACCACCACUCCACCACAGCCCAAUUACCGACACCCUGCACCUUACGCCAUGUAUAUCAUAUAA